AUGGCAACCCAAUAGAUCAGCAUCAUGAAUAUUCACAAUUCACCAAAACGCACCCUGACUAUGGAUCAGUGAUAUCAGCCGUCCCUGGAAUGCUCUACUGUAUUUUGCACGAUUGUGUCGUGUUGUUUGAUGGCAGCUGGCAAGACAUCUGGUGAAAAGAGCAUCCUUCGUCGUGCAUGACCUUUCCUUGGUCUCCGUAUCACCGUCCGUCGGCACGUCUCUUACAUGUCACGCUAAGGUGACUUUCAAGCAGUUUUUUCCACUUUUGCGCACAAUGUCGGAACGGCACAAAGAUGUACAUCGGGGACGCAGUGGCCAACCGGACCGCCCAGGCUGUGCGUGAGGACAUAUGCAAACUGUCAGGUAGUCUAAUUAUGAAAAAGAGUAUCUCUCAUCUGUUCCAGUAGAGCCACGGCGGUCCAUGUCAUGUGUAGCAGGCUUUCAGGGAUUCAGAUUAGCUCCAGACUGAUCGCUCUCACAAACAGAUAGAGAGCGCGGGGCUGGUGGCAAUCAUCGUUACAAUAGCCCACAGCCAAACAAUCUGGAUUUAUUUCUUUUUCUCCACUGUGUCUCAAUGUCAUAAUGGACAGGCUGCACUCCUCCAUGCGUAAAAGGCUCUACAGUUUGCCACAGCACAUUGGACAGAAAGCAUCUAUAAUGGGCGAAGGAGAAGACGCCGACAAGGACACCCGGAGGAAGAGUAUUAGGAUGAAGCCUCUACCUUCACCGUCGCCGACCUCUGGGGGAAGCUGCAAAGGCAUUGGCGAGACCAAAAGUGGGGAGUCUGUGAUCAUGGAGACGGAUAUAGGGAGACCGAUGAAGACCAGCUCAAACGGGGACUGCCGGAGAUUUCGAGGCAGCCUCUCGUCCAUCACAAGUCGGCAUGUGCACGACUCGGACUCGGCGGAGGAGAGACGCCUCAUCACCGAGGGGGAUGUCACUCCGAGCGAAGAGAGCCCCCCUGGAGCCGUCGGUGAUGGGCAGCCGGAUCAAGGUGCGCAAGGGGCCAGCGGUGGAGGUGGCGGUGGUGGCGCCCAGAAUGAUUCUCAAGACCAGCAGUCGGGGUUUAUAAAGUUGGAUGGCAUUGAUCAAAUUCUGCCGGACGACGAGAGAUUAUAUCAGGCUGGGUUCAUACACAGACAGUUGGGAGCAAUGCUUCAACCAGGGGUCAACAAGUUCUCCCUGAGGAUGUUUGGAAGUGAGAAGGCGGUCGAACGGGAACAAGAGCGGGUUAAAUCCGCAGGAUUUUGGAUAAUUCACCCCUACAGUGAUUUCAGGUUUUACUGGGAUUUGACCAUGCUGCUGCUGAUGGUUGGCAACCUCAUCAUCAUCCCGGUGGGCAUCACAUUCUUCAAGGACGAGCACACACCUCCCUGGAUUGUGUUCAACGUGGUCUCCGACACCUUCUUCCUCAUGGACCUGGUUCUCAACUUCAGGACGGGUAUCGUCAAGGAGGACAACACGGAGAUCAUCCUGGAUCCACAGCAGAUCAAGAUCAAGUACUUGCGGAGCUGGUUUGUUGUGGACUUCAUAUCCUCCAUCCCUGUGGACUACAUCUUCCUCAUCGUGGAGACACGCAUUGACUCAGAUUUCUACAAGACGGCGCGCGCCUUGCGGAUUGUCCGCUUCACCAAGAUCCUCAGCUUGCUGCGACUCCUACGUCUCUCUAGGCUCAUUCGCUACAUCCACCAGUGGGAGGAGAUCUUCCACAUGACCUAUGACCUGGCCAGUGCCAUGGUGAGGAUAGUCAACCUGAUCGGCAUGAUGUUGCUGCUGUGUCACUGGGAUGGCUGCCUGCAGUUCCUGGUGCCCAUGCUGCAGGACUUCCCUGCUGACUGCUGGGUGUCCAAAAAUAAGAUGGUGAAUGACACAUGGGGACAGCAGUACUCCUACGCGCUUUUCAAAGCUAUGAGCCACAUGUUGUGUAUUGGGUAUGGCAUGUACCCCCCGGUGGGCAUGACAGACGUGUGGCUGACCAUCCUUAGCAUGAUCGUGGGCGCUACCUGCUACGCCAUGUUCGUGGGCCAUGCCACUGCGCUAAUCCAAUCUCUGGACUCAUCUCGACGGCAGUACCAGGAGAAGUACAAACAGGUGGAGCAGUACAUGUCCUUCCACAAGCUGCCGGCAGAUAUGAGGCAGAGAAUCCACGACUACUACGAGCACCGUUACCAGGGCAAGAUGUUCGACGAGGAGAGCAUUCUGGGAGAGCUUAACGAGCCACUCCGAGAGGAAAUCAUCAACUUUAACUGUCGAAAGCUGGUGGCAUCCAUGCCUUUAUUUGCCAAUGCUGACCCCAAUUUUGUCACCUCGAUGCUCACCAAGUUGAAGUUUGAGGUGUUCCAGCCGGGGGAUUACAUCAUCAGGGAGGGCACCAUUGGCAAGAAAAUGUACUUCAUACAACAUGGGGUUGUCAGCGUACUAACCAAAGGCAAUAAAGAGACCAAGCUCUCAGACGGCUCCUACUUUGGGGAGAUUUGCUUGCUGACACGGGGGAGAAGAACAGCCAGUGUCCGAGCCGACACAUACUGUCGUCUGUACUCACUGUCUGUUGACAACUUCAACGAGGUACUGGAGGAGUAUCCUAUGAUGAGAAGAGCCUUUGAGACUGUAGCCCUGGACAGACUGGACCGCAUUGGCAAGAAAAAUUCCAUCCUGCAGCACAAGGUACAACACGACCUCAGCUCUGGUGUGCUCAACUACCAGGAGAAUGAGAUCAUCCAGCAGAUUGUGCAACACGACAGGGACAUGGCCCACUGUGCCCACCUCUUGCAGAACGCCCCACCCCAGACUCCUCCCUCACCUACCCCUGUCAUCUGGGCCCCACUCAUCCAGGCCCCACUCCAGGCAGCAGCUGCCACCACUUCAGUAGCCAUCGCCCUGACACAUCAUCCCCACCUCCCACCAACGCUCUUCAGACCUCCAGUGUCUGUUCUGGGUUCCCUAAAAGAUCCUCCCAGCCGACUUAAGAAGUUCCACACAUUUGUUCCUUCUUCCACUGCUCCUGGCUCUGCUGGGGACUCUCCUUCUAGCACACCUUCUAAGCUGCGCACUGGGGUGGACAUGCCAUUGCUAGCCUCUUUUCGAGCACAGCAGAUGUCAUCAGGUUCAGGGGCAACUGGCUCAAGUCAACAUGCAUCAAGUAGCGGAGGCCAUCCUGGACCUGGUGGGGCUGGAUCUGGGUCCAGUGGAGGAGGGGCAUCUGUCUUCCCUUUUGGUCCAUACUCAUUGUCUGGUUCACCUUCAUCUAGUACAGCCCAGCUACACCCACAACCACAGCAUCAACAACCUUUUCGCUCCAGCACCCCACCUUUCUCAAACCUCUUCCACCAAGGAUCUAUAUGUGGAAGCACAGGGUCAGGACUAAGUGGAGGGCCAGCUGGAGCCUGUGGUGGUGCUACAGGGUGGUCUUCAGGUGGAGCUGCUGGAGGUUCUGUGGAAGGAGCCACUGGAGGGGACACUUCUUGGGCUGGAGAAGACUUUACAACUGGAGUGACGGAAGUGACUCCUGGAGGGCACUUUGGUUUGGGAGGAGCUACUGGUGGAUCGGUAGGAGGGAUCUCAGGGGAAACCGUUAGAGGAGUAUCUGAGGGAUCAGUGGGUGCUGUUUGUGGCAGGUUAGCAGGUGGGGCAUCAGGUGGAUCAGUGAUGGGUGUUACCUGUGGGUCAAUACCAGAUACAGCCAGGAGAGCAAUAGGAGGGACUUCUAGAGGAUCAGUGGGAAGAGCUUCUGGGGGGUCAUUGGGAGGGGCUUCUGGAGAAUCACUGGUAGUGACAACUACUGGAGGAACGUUAGGAAGGGCUUCUGAUGGAUCAAUGGGAAUUGUUUCUAGUGGGGCCUCUGGGGGAACAUUUGGAGGCAUUUCUGGUGACAUGACAGUAGGGAAUCCUGGAGGAUCUUUGGGAAGGGCUUCUGGUGGAUCAACAACUAGCCAUAUAGGAGGAAGUUCAAGUGGACCAGGGGGAGGGUUGAUUGGAGGACAUAUUGGCAGAACAGUAGGAGGUGGUGUAGGGAGCCAUAUAGCAGGGUCUACAGCUUUCACUAGUGCAGGAGCCACUGGUGGAGUCACAGCUGGACUUGUUAGUUCUUCUCGCUGUCAGAGUCCUAUAUUUACCGGUUCAUCCAGCCCUGUGCCUGGUCAGCUUCUCCAUAACCAGCCACCUCCCAAGCCUCCUCUUGUGGCUCCUCUGCAGCAGUUUGCUGGAGGAGGCAGGACUAACAGUGGCUUAAGCCUCUUCCAGUCCCCCCCGCAAGGCUCCCCUUCCUCGAGUAGAGGACAGCACAGUCAGCAGCCUGCUGAGGGCUCCCCAUCCUCCCUCAGCCAUUUUACUCUGGGAGGGCUCCAGUCUGGCUGCUUGCCUCACCAGAUGUCACUGGAGAGGUCUGCCUUGGCUUCCCUGGCCCAGUAUGGUUCAGCAAACGCCUCUCCCUGCCUUACCCCAGUGGCUCCCAGUCCCACUAUUCAAAGCCCAGUGACAGGCAGGACUUUCCACUAUAGUGACCCUUCCAGUGCCACAGGAUCCCACAGUUCUUUGCUCAUGCCUCAGUCCUCUCUUCCUUCACAGCUACCCAGCCAGCCACACACAACAGGGAGAGAUUCUCCACUGGGACGCUUUUCAGAGGACCUAAAGCUUUUAUCCAGCUCACACCCAUCUCUGCCCCAGGAGGUGGCCCAGGCCUUAGGCCACCAAACUCCUUGCUCCUCUGUGGAACCUGGAUAUUGCCCCUCACCAUUUUCCUCGCCUACUCUUGUGCCCAAACCCUGUAGCACAGUGCCAGGGCACAUGACUCCUCCAACCCAGAUGUCUCCAGGGCACCCUCACAAGACUCAGUCCCCAGGGGGCUCCCCAGCCUUGUCUCUACAAAGGCGCUCUGCUGCCUACUCACCAGAUUUAGAAACUCAAACUGUCCGUUCUAAACUCCCUUCCAAUUUGUGAGGAUUGAUCACACCCUCCUGUGCUCCUCUGAACUGAAACACACACAAACUAUCUCCAUCUGUGGCAUUCUUUUUUGUCUUCAGACUUCACUGCAUUGUUCCUCUCAUUUUAGCAAGAUUUUUAAAAUUACUGUGAUUUAAAAGACACUUUACCGGGUAACUCAGAGCUCUAGAAUACUCUAUAUUUGUUUUAUGCGUUGUCUUUUUUUUAUUCAUACAUACUGUAUAUAGAUAGAGAUAUAUUUAAAUGAUAAGUUAAUCAAGGGACUAGGAGGGUGUGAAAAUGAUCUUUAUUUAAAGGACAGUCAUUUUCUUUAUUUCUAUAACUAUGCCAAAUUCAUCUGGUGAUGUUUGAGAAGCUAAUUUAAUGGACUACACAAUAAUACUCUUUUUCUGCAGGAACCUAUGCACUAAUACCUGCAUGUAUAAAGGUUUUUUGUGUGUUUCAAAAAAAAAAAAAAAAGAUCGAAAUUUUUAGCUACAACAACAUGCUUCAAGACAGGCUGACUCUUGUACCAUCUCAUUUGGGAUCACAUAUUGUUGAUCCUUAAAUGUAUCUAUUAGAUUGUACUUAUUUAUUCUCUGUAUAAACUUUUGAAAACCUUGAGAGAUGGAGAAGAGAUUUUAGGAAACCAAAAAGACUUUUCCUGUGGGAUAAUAAUAAUUCACCUCCUCUUGGCCCGUCGAUCCUUAUUUUAUACCACUUUAUUGUAUUAAUACUGUUUUUUGAAGCAGGGGGAGAGGGGUUCAGCGAGCUACCCUCCAUCUCAAUACUGAGACGUAACAAUAUGUGAGUGACUGGCUUUCUGCAGAGUCCUCGACCAUGUCCUAACAAGCUCACUUUGUCUUCCAAGCUCAUGCCACUAAUGUGUGUAGAAAGCAUGUGUUGUUUUCCUUCCUGACUGUGUGCAACUGUUAAUGUGUGAGUGUUCAUGAGAAUAAGUGUGAAUCAGUGGGACAGUCAGAUGCAAGGCAAGACUCUCUCCUCGACUGAUCAAAAGGAAAUUUGCCUUUUUACACACAAAAAAUAAGAUUUCCAUUAACUACAGCUUGUGUGAUGCACUGCGUAGCACUCAGUUUAAAGUCAAAAGUUGUCAAAUAUAAAAUAGCCCCAAAAGCUAGAUUUUCAGUCACUAAGGAAAUGCAAAACGUUCACUCCACAAGCUGAAAUAUCCAAAAAGUGCUGGAAAAUGAAAUAUGCCACUUGCAUACUUCAUUUGUGCAUUACUUCUUCUACUAUAGCUGCUAUAUGGUCAACUUGGAUAUGUCUUCUGAUGAAAGGGCAGUGCUGAGUUUGGGAUGUUGAAUGUAUACACAUUGAUUAUUGCUUAUUAAAGUAAGUAUUGUAGCUAUGGUAGAUGCACUGAAGGCACGCUGCCCCACGGGGUUAAGAGACUGUUCCAUAACUGAAAAGGUCCUUGAUUCAAUAUUUUUGACCACAUUUUCAUCAGCAGUCAUUUCUAUUCCCAAAGUGUCCUUUAGAAAGACACAGAACCAUUACAGGAUAAAUUGUUUAUGAGGCAAUCUGGAUAUGUGACUAAGUAAGCGGCCUAAAACAGUCCUCUUAUUUACUGCAUAUGCCCCAUGAAGUAUUGUACAACUGCUCUGCUGCUGUAACUGUGAGAGAGAUUGUACCCUACUUAAAAAGAAGACGUUAGCUUAAUAUACACUACGUACUGUACAUGGAGCAAGUGCAUGUUAAAAAUUGUUGGCUUUUUUGACAUUGGAAAGCAAAACUUUGAUCCUCUGUAUUACUAUGCUACAGAAGGUGAAUGUGGUGUACUUGACAGCAACUACAAAGAAGAUUUGCUUUUUCAACCAUUUAUUCAAUUAAAAUAUCAAUAGAUGCUAAAUUCUGCUAUAGAACAAAUAAAUACACUCUUGGCCUCAGAGGUUUGUAUUGUCCCCUUUAGUAGAAAUAACCUCUUGUAUUCUUGUUUUGUGUAAUUGUCCACCAGUAUACAACAUCAGCAUGCCAAAACGUUAACUAGCUGCAAGAUGUUUGAAGGAAUUUCUUGCACAUGCUUCUCUUUUUCACAUCCCACUUCAGCAUUUUAAUUGGAUUCCUAUCUGUGCUAUGAGUUGGUUAUCCCAUAGCCCUCUGUUUAUUCUUUUUGAGUCAUUCCUUCCUGUUAAAUGGUCCACUUCUGAUUAAACUUCAGCUUCCAUACAUAAUGUUUGAACAUAAUGCUGAACAUGUCACUUUCAAGCACUCUUUGAUAUGAUGCAGAAUUCAUGGUUCAGUCAAGGACUGCAAGCUGUCUGAUCUCAGAGGCAGUGAAGCAACCCCAAACCAUGACAUUUCUACUACCAUGCUUCACAUUUGUUAUGAGGUAUGUCUCCCCAAAUGGUGUCUUUGGUCAUGUUAUACUGACUAACAUGUUAUACUGUUACUGUGACCAAACAACUCUACCUUUGAUUCAUCUGUCUAGAGCACAUUAUUCCAAUAGGCCUACUCUUUUUGUAUAUGUUCACUUGCCAGCUGGAAAAAAGCUUUUCAUGUGCAGGUCAAAUUUAUGCAAUUUAUUUUUGAUUGUAGAUGCAAAAUUUUGACACCAACAGUUACUUGCUGGUCCUGUGAUGAAAUUUUAUGGUUAUUGUAGGCUUCUUUUUGCAUCAGACAUUCUGCUAUUGGGCUAAAUUUGCUGGGGCAACCAGUCCUAGACAGAUUGGCAGUCGUUUGAAAUCUAAACCACUUGUAGACAAUUUUCCUUACAGUGGAAUGAUUUAUUUCACAUAAUUUGAAGAUCUUUUAAAGCCCUUGCCAGACUUGGAGGCAUCAACAACCUUUUUUUCUGAGAGCCUUAGAGAGCUCUUUAGAUCUUGGCACGAUGACACUACACACUUCAAAAGCAAAGAGAACAGCAGAGUCUUAAUGGAGAUUCUAAUUACUGGCACCUAACUUGAAUCCCUGAUUCUAUUUUUACAGAUUUGAGAGUGUUAUAAAUGUACUUAUGUAAUGUACUUACUGUUUCCUUGUGACUGUUUUCUUCUCUUUUUUUAAGAAAAAUUUCCACAAAAUGUCAAUUUUGUGUCAUUUGUUUGACUGACUUUAUUAAUUGGCACUCUUUCAAAGAGGAUCAAAUGUUUGCAUGGCCAACUAAAUUCAAAGGUCAACAGUUUAUCUGAUAGAUGACAUUUAGAUGUUUCCUGUCAAAAAUGAAACAUGAGAAAAGACCCUUUAAACGAAGCAUAUCUAAAAUCUGUUAAGGCCCUCAGAGAGCCUUGCAGUGGUUAAGAAAACUGUAUACACAGUAGACGAAGGAAAGUCCCAAAGGAGAGGAGCAGUGAUAUGCUUCUACAUGUUUGUUUGUAGCUCAUCACCAAGACAGACCCAGGUUCCACUCAGACAGCUGAGUCCCAAACUCAGUCACAGCACUCAGCCACGGCAGCCUAAUUUAACAAGACAUGUCUGUAAUCCCUUGACCCUCACAAGCUAUCAUGGACUUACACAGAGGUGCACAGCGACCAUGUUCCCCCCUCAUUACAGUUCCGUCAAGUCCCUAUAAUGAAGUAUAGCAAUACACAUGACAUGAUACACAGGUGCACAGAUUCCCAUUUACAGACAUGCACAGAACCACAAGAUCACGCAGUGACUGCUCCUUGCAAAAAUAAGAAACUGUUCAACAAUAUCUCAUCCACAAUAUUCAAGCUGUUGAAAAUAUCGUUGGUUAAAUUUGCAGUAAGCAAAUCAAUGACUGAUUCAUUUUCCACUCUGUUGUUGCUUUCAGAUCAGUCAGACCAGUUCAUGCCAGUAGUCUGCACUAUGUUUGCGAUGAGGGAUUUAACAUAUUAUUUUUGUUAUUAUGACUGCUUUUAAUUUUUUUUCACCCAUUUCCAAAUCAAUCACAAGCACUAUGAUUAAAGAACAACGCUUUUCUUCUUUACUGUCCGUUCUGAAACCAUGCAAUUGUAUUUUGAGCAGCACUGUGUUCUAUAUGAAGGUGCAAUGUGUGGAUUAAUGUUGUGAUGUGUUUCCCCUGUCCUUUGUUUGAGUGUCUAAAUGUCUAAAUGUAGGCAUCAUUAUGUGAUGCCACCAUCAUUCCACUACAGAAUUCUACCACAGUAUGACAAAAGGCAGAAUGUGAAGGAAGAGGAUACAGCAAGAACUUAUCAUUAAUAAUUACAGAUUUCCAUUUGACUUAGUUUAAAUACUGUGGGUGAAAACAGUAAUGAUUCAUUGUGUUUAUGUGGAUGCACACAACAUUUUCAUGGUCCUCUGGCUCCAAACAGAAAGACUGUAUUACUCAUAGGUGGAAUGAUACUCUGUUCACCUUCCCUACGUCUGCAGUAAACAGCAUUCUGAAAGGCUCUGAAACAUUUACAUUGGCCUUGCGCCUCGUUGCAGGACUCUUUAGACCAUCAUCGAGAGGAUUAAAAGGGUGAGAGGGACAGAACUCUGCAGCUAAAAUGACAGAAAGUAAACACCUGGAACGGUUUCACAUCUGGAAUAUUGAUUGUCUGCACACGGUGUAGGCGUUUAAGCCUCCAUGGUCCUCUGCACGACAGCAGACAGACUGCUGUGCCUCACACAUCAGCAAAGAUUCUCCUCACAAUAUGACCCUAUAAAAGUAUGGAGUUGAAGAACAGUUUGAAGCCAGUCUGUGAGACGAAGGUGCAGAUGUGAGGAGACGUUGAUGCACUGAGGGAAUGAUGUAGUCGGACACUCAGCCGUGAGGAAGGCAGGUAGACAGGCACCCACCCUGUGGGGUACUCAGGCUGACGGGGUACUUGUCACAUGUUGCCCCAUUCCUUGAUGAUUGUUCCAGAGCGCUAGUUGAUGUCUUUCAGCAUGUUAUUGAUUGUUAGGAUAUGAGGGAAAGCUCUAAGGUAGCAGCUAGUGUUUGGGUGUGUGUGUGUUUCAGUGUUUCCAUGCUACCUGACAGGGUCGAUGGUGUAGGCUGGGCGCUGUUGGAGGAGGGAGGGACACGGAGGCAAAGGUCAGAGCUUAGGGAGAGAUAGACAUUGGACAUGGAUUGAUUAGUUGGCCUGAACUUGGUCUGGUCCAUUAUCACAGAUAAGUGGUUUAGGGGACAGGUGGGUGGGUACACAGUAUCAGUACUGGUCUGUCACUGUCAGUUGAAGAGCUGACUCAAUCUGCAUGAUGUUCUGUCUGCUUUAUCCGGACCGGCCUCUCUGCAAAAUCUCCUGUCUUAGUCGUUUUAUCUAAAAAUGCUGUCAAUUUUGAUGAACUUAAGAAAAGCAGUUUUUGAUUGAUGGCCAUGCAGCUUUGAAAUUACCGUAUGUAAUGGAAAUAAGAAGUGGGUUCAUAAUCCUUAGGGUCAUGAAAUACUUUCAGCUUAUAGAAGAGCAUGUAAUCCUUCAUUCCGAGUAAAAACAUGAAAAUAGACAAAAUUGGAGUAACAAGAUUUUCACCUGACAGAAAUGUGUAUUCUUCAAGGGGAUUUGCUAUUUCCAUCCUACCAGACUAUUUGCUGCAGCCGCAUCUGUGGAGUAAUGUAGUAUAGAGACAGUGUUUUUAGAGGAAUCAGCUGGGAAUUAGAUAAGGAGGCUUUGAAACUUUGUGUCUUUUGAGAGAGGUGAAUAAAGAAAAACAACGGUGACUCACUCGCUCAUGCAGAGAACUAUUUUCAUUAUGUCUCCCUGUGUCACCCAUCUAGACAUUGGAAGGAAACGGCUGUUUGAGAGCAAUAGAGAAAAUGGCAAUGAAGGCCAGUUGAAAGAUUACAACAGCUGCCAGCAUUCUGUCAUAAUGUUUUGCAGCUUGUUUUUUUCAGAAAUCAGCACCUGUAAAUUAUUGUUUACCAUCAUGCGUAAACAUGUGUUUUUCAUUUUCAAAUGAAUGAAAUCUAGGUCAGGGCUACUGAUUCUUGUGAGGGAAAAUUUCAGGUAAAUUAAAACUGUCUGGCAAAAGUGUUAAUCUGCCCUUACCUGAGGCCACACUUGGCUCUGGCCCUGCUGUUGGCCUCAGCUAGCUCGACUUGUUAUGAAGCAGACAGCAGGUUUGUGAGUUGCUUCAGCGCAACAGCCCCAAUCACAGAGCCUUGGUGGCGUUCCACAUAGCGCCUCUGUAGCAUUUCCAAUUCAUGGUUGUUUCUGUAACGCAGCAUUCACAGACUCUGUUUGGUGCACUUCCAAUUUCGCUGCCUAAUCUUAGCCUCCCUCUCCCACUGUGCUGCCCGGCUCGCCCAUGAAUAUGGGUUGGUAAAUCAGCGAUGCACGCUAAUGAAAUCAUUUACUGUGAUUGAGGAUUAGAUGUAGCAGCAGAGGAAUCGAACCUGUAAUUUCUCGGGGGAGACAAAGGCACGUGUUUCUGUUUUUGUUUUUUUACAGUUUUUUUUUCUCCCCACCCAAAGCCCUCGUUAUUCAUUCAUGACCACAAAUUCCUCCUGCCUUUCCGUAAACACUCAACUUAUUUCACACAGAAGCACCAGAAUCAGGUGUUCGGUGUAACAAUGUACCUCAGAUUGACUGGAUAUGAUAUGGAAAUUGCUAUAUGUGGUGAAAAGUUGUUUAUUGUAGCGUCUAAAACAACUGACCUCUUUUGCUGAUGCUCCAGUGAGAUGGAAUAACUUGAUAGUAAUGACAACAAAGUGGGCAGUGUAACCUGAAUAUGACCCAGUUUAGGAAUAACAUGCAACAGUAGGGUGCAGUUGACUUCUGCAGAUCACCUAAAGUUCUUUCAGGUUAAUGACACUGUCAGGAGUCUCUCUUUGUUGCUGUCAAUAAAAAGUCAUUAAUACAUACACCUUGUUCAUGUACAAAAUCUGACAGGGUUGUUCAAUCUAAUGAAUAUAAAAAAACAGAAGCUUAGAUUUGGAACAUACACGUUACAUAUGUUUCUCUAUUGGUUGCAGCUGAACAUAAAACCUCGUGUGAAAGCCAAAGGUGAGGCUGCUCUUCUCUGGAUUAAUGUAGGAGGGGGAGGAAACAGAAAGGGCACAUUUAUACUCUGAAGAGAUGAGGGUUUACAUAAAAAAAAAAAAAUCCAGCCUCUCGAAGCUAUCUUUCAUUUGCUGAAGUACGUACUAUAAUUCCACUUAAUCUGAUGUUGGGGACAUAAUGUCGACAAGGUACUUACUUACACAGAUUUAUAUAUUUCCAUAGGACCUAUUUAUAUUUCUGUAUUUAUUUUAGAAUCUCUUAAUAAGUGAUAUCAGCACCAUACCAGAUAAUACUAAGCAAUGUUCCCCUAAUUGUGUGUAUGUACAGAAUUCAUAACAUGUCCAUGAUUUUUAAAGGAAACAUGUCAUUUGCUUUGUAUAAUCUCUCUACUUACUUACUUUAGUACGGCGCAGGAGCGGGACAUUUUCAUUACAUGAUGCUACAGACAAAGACUUUCUACCUGAAGGCUCAACCUUUUUGUUUCACGAAGGCAGUGACUGGUUCAACACUUCUUAUGAGGACUCGCAACCUUUUGAGGAGGACAGUAUUUGCUAUUUGCUAUUGCUCAAUGGAUAUCUAUUUUUUUCUGCAUUUAACAUGGGAACUAUGGGAAAAAGCAAUAAGGGAACUGUGCAGGUGUGGUGUGAUUUGAUGGGUACCGAUGGGACAUUGCGCUGACCCACACAACAACCACACACACAGGUAGCCGUGGCUCAUAGUUUGUGUGUCGGUGAAAGGAGUGAACUGUCAAUAAGCACACAUACUGGAUGAAAUAAAAUGGCAUAGAAUAAAAUAUAAGGAA